GCUACUGUGCUCACUCAGGACGAAGAGCAACUUCUAGCAAGCUGUACCAUUUUGUAAAAAAUGUACUGUCAAGUGGGGUUUGACUUAUGGCAAAUCUAUACAUGGGAGAGUUUCAAGAGACCCAGUCAUUAGAAACCUUGUCCAGGUCUUGCAAACUAUGUUUUGCGCAGACACUUCCUUUAUUGAAUCAAUCCCUCUGUAAAGAAGUCUUUAUCUUUACAGUCUGUUCCACUAGCAACUUCUACAUUAUGUGGUUUUCCUGGAAACAGCCCCACUUUCUCAACUAAUAGCUCCACCAGUCAAAGAGACACACGUUUUGCAAGAACAGUAGAAUACGCUCUUCUUAGCAAAUAAAUUCUUAGCCAUGUAACCUGGCUUGAAACAGGCAGUUGAAAGACCACCUAUGCCAAACAGAAGGUUCCAGCGUCCAAGUUAAAUUUUCGGCACACAGGAUUAGAAACUUUGGGUUUUAUUUCUGGCUCAAAGACAGAGAGUUCAUUCUGGUUUCCCUCGGAGUUUUAAACUCUUGUGAGUAGACAAUGUGGAAGGUGCCUGUCUGUAUGCUGAAAUUAAUCCAGAUGGCUUCAAACCACAAACUCUGGGCUCUAUUUAUCAUCGCCUUUAAGUUCAUGUCCUUCAUUUCCAUCAUGUUUUACUGGAGAAUUAGCCAGUAUGCUGAAGACAAGAGACAGCACUACAGCCUGCCUACAUCUGUUAAGUGUCCACAUCUUCCUACUUCUAUACCUAGCUGGCCUCCUCAUUCAGCGAAGGACAUAUACUUUGUGGAAACAUCAGGAAGAACUAACCCCUCUUUCCUCUUUAUGUGUUCUGUUGAAUCAGCAGCCAGAAUUCACCCAGAAUUAAGGAUUGUUGUCCUUAUGAAGGGCUUGGUAAACUAUAACAAUACUUUGCCAAAACAUUUAGGCAUUUCCUUGUUUAGUUGCUUCUCUAACAUUGAAAUGAAACCACUGGAUUUGAAUGACCUUUUUUCUAAUACCCCCCUGGCUAGCUGGUAUUCACUGGCCCAGCAGAGAUGGGAACCUUAUUUCUUACCCAUUCUUUCUGAUGCUUGCCGAAUCUGCAUCAUGUGGAAAUAUGGUGGCAUCUACUUAGACACAGACUUCAUAGUACUUAAGAACUUAAAUAACCUCACCAAUGUACUUGGUAUACAGUCUAAAUAUGUACUGAAUGGGGCCUUUCUCUCAUUUGAACCAAAACACAAGUUUAUACAGCUUUGCAUGGAAGAUUUUGUGGCUAAUUACAACUCCUGGAUCUGGGGACACCAGGGCCCCCAGCUCUUCACCCGCAUGUUUAAAAAGUGGUGCUCUAUCCGUAGCCUACAGAGUAGCACAGGUUGCAAAGGGGUCACUACUCUUCCACGAGAAGCCUUCUAUCCUAUCCGCUGGCAGGACUGGAAGAAGUAUUAUGAAGCAGUGAGUUCCUCGGAGCUUUCUAAGCUGUUUAAAAACACCUAUGCAGUGCAUGUGUGGAAUAAGAAAAGUGAAGGGAAGCAACUUGAGAUCACCUCUCAAGCAUUACUAGGUCAAUUGCAUUCCAAAUACUGCCCUUCUACAUAUAACUUAAUGAAGACCUAUCUGUAAUGCGGUAGUACUUAGCUGUGAGCUGUUCAUGGGCUCAGGAGCCCAAAGUCAACCCAACUGUUCAGCCAUUGGCAGUUGAAUGACCCAUUCCUCAUCUCCCCUAGAAACAGCACCUGCCAUGAAGCAGUCGGGUGGCCAGCUCAAGGGUUUCAAAGAGUGGUUGAAUGGCUGCCAGUUCCAUGUGGAUAUUCUGAAAUGAAGGAUAGUUUUGUGAAAUCCAACCAAGAUUUACAUUGUGUUGUGCAAACACAAAGGAAUCUGUUUGUCUGGAUAUAAAAUGAACAAACUGAAAACCUUCUGAAAGAAGAAGGGCUACUUUGAAGGCAUAGUGUUUAAACCGCACCUGUAGAAUUUUUCUUUCAUGCCUUGAAGAAUAAUGGACUAUGUGCUUUACAAACUUGUUAACUUAUCACUUAAGACUCUAAUGCUUCUAUUAAUGUGCCUUACAACUAGUGAUAUCAGUAAUGUUUGUGUUUACUUGGCUUGAACACGUUCACAAUGCUGUUCUGCUAUAUUUUUUAAUGAAUUUAAUGAAAAUUUCCUCAAAAGUUCUGGUCAGAACAUAAAUUACCCCCCCUCCUUUCCUCCCUCCAUCCUUGGUGCCUUAUGUGCUCUUUAUUAUGAGAAAACUUAGUAGCACCCAGGAUACUGUAACCUGGAAAAUUCAGUUUCCAGGCUGUCUGAUGUCCAUACUAAAAACUUCCCCUAAGAACUACAUUGCUCAGGAUCCCUGGGACUGAGAUGUUGAUAUUGCAGUGUUCAGGAUGCCAAUGAUAGGGGGAAUAGUAGUAUCUCAGACUCUCCUAAUGUGAAGAUUCUUCAUCUCCACUGACGGUAAGUAAAAAGGAACAGAGACCAUGAAGCAAAGGAGCGGGAAAUGGAAAAAAAUAGGUUCAUUAGCACGAACAAGUCUUUUCUCACUCUUGUCAGUCUCACUAGAGAUGGAAGAGGGGCCUGGAAAGGGGAAAUCCAAAGGAAAUUCACAAUACGUGAAACUGAUAAGAUUAUCUUUCAAGCUUUCCUGUUUCAUUGGAAAACAGGGAGAAAAGACAGGGAAUGGUUGAGGAACUGGAUCUCAAGCCAUCUAAUGCCCUAGGGCCCUGGGAAGAAAUGGCAGAGACAGUCAUGCUUCUAAAUAAUGAUUGGAGACAGUUGACUCCAUGAAUUUGGUUAAAUUAUGAAAAAGUCAUCCAAAAUGUAUAUAAAAUAUGGGCAAAGACAUGUAUUUCAUAUAGGAGAUGGCUGGAGAACUUUCUGACCUCCAGAUGUUGGUGAACUAUUACAUCCAUCAUUCCACACCACUGUCCAGGGGCCUAUGGAAACAAGAGCCCCUAUAAAGCCAUAGGUUCCACAGCACUGAGACAGAAAAAGGCUAUUCUCAGGUGCAACAAAAAGAGGAAGGCUGGGAAACAAAGUGGUAAAGGCAUUUCCCUGUAUGGCUACCAAAAAACAACAACAAUAAAAAAAACCUUCUAGUCUGACUUCGUUUUAAAAUCUGCAUGUCUUUAUUUCUCUCAUGUGUGCCGAUAAUGGCAGAUGAAGCUUGUUUAUUCCACAGUGGCGUUUUGAAAAUGAUGAAGUCCCCUGGAAACUCUCCUGGGGAUAUAGUAUUGUAACUGACUGUUCUCAGUAGCUUAGUCAGAAAAGCAGAAGGUUGAAUGGGGAAAUGGUAGCUCCUCUGUGGGUGGGUUUCACUUUCUGGUUAGACAGCACUAAAGAUCUUCAAAGAUUUCUGUCAUGGAGUUUAGAGAAGUUUCUUUACAUCUGCCAGAAACCCUCAGCUAACAUGACCACUGGCUGGCUGAGGAUUAUGAAAUCUAUUCAAGGAAAUAAUGUGAUGCCCAGCAGAAGGAAAAUAUAAUAAGCUUUGAAACUUUCAGUUGGCUUGUUUACCAUACUGGCUAAAUAGGACAGGUACCUCCCAAUGCCCCCUAUUGACAGUUGGUUAUGCUGCAUUAGGACAAAUAUCACAACAAUGGUAAGGAUUAAAUUACUCCCACUGCUUUGGGUAAAUCAUCUGUACAUAGCUGCUGCGGUUUCAAGUUCAAAUACGGACUAGGAGCCAGAUUCAAGGUUUCCCUCCCACCCCCACCUCAUCCCAUGCAGCUAGCUCAGUACUUGAGAUUUCUUGGCAAACAUCUAGAUGUAUCUAGUUUUCUCAGAAUUUUGUCCUGGUUUCUAAUAUGAGGGUGUGCAUGCUAAUGGUGCCAUGCAGAUGUGUUCAUUUAUCACAUUGCUGCCUGGAGCUUGAAAGGUGCCUUUUGGGGACUAGAACUCCCCAUCUCCUUUGCCAGUACUAAGCAUUCUUGUUGGCUUCUGGGCAGUGCAAUCCAAGAUAGAUUUCCAAACUCUGCUCUGAAACUGUAGGUUCAUUUCGUCAUGACAAAGAACUGACCCAAACAAGGAUGAUGCUCACUAAAAAAAGUGAAUUUGGUUGGUCCAGUAACACAGCUUACCAUGACCAAUUGGAAUUGCUUUUAUCAAGAGCAGUGGCUUAACAUUUAAGAAUUACUGUGUAUGCCUUUGCAAAACAGUUUUAUAGUUCACAUGGUUUCAAAGCAAUCAACAAUUUGGUUGAGAAUAGGGACUUCUGGAGGGCAAUGGCAUUAAUGAAAGCCAGCAUGGAGUAGUGGUUUUUAUGUUGGAUUAGGACUCUCUGGUAAGGUGAUCAGAUACCCUAACCACAAAGGGGGACAAGGCACUGUAAAAUAUAGGACAGCCAAGAAAAAUGUAGGGCAUUAAACAUAAAAGCUACAAACACAUAUAAAUAUAAAUUUAAACUUCUUAGUCAUGCUCAAAAUAGAGGACAUUUUGAAAUUUCUCCUGGAUAGAAGGUUGAAACGUAGGAUGUGUCCUGCAACAGGAGGAUGCCUGGUCACUCUGCUGUCUG